GGCCUUUUGUCAGAUCGAUUGGUCUCAAAUUGUCGCAGAAAGAUGCAGGUGAUUGCGUCCUGCUCUUUGCGACCUGAGAAUGAUUUUGUGGGUCGACGGCAGCUUCUCUCCUCCGCAUGUUCCAGACUCUCUCAAGGCGACGUCGUUUCAGACCGACCAGUUUCUUCAGUCAAGACUGGUCGAGAUUGGAAGUCGAGCUUGCAUGAGUUAGCCAUGAAAAGUGUCCCAAGGCGAAUCUUGUUAACAAGUAUAUUCAUGAACCUGUGCUGUAAUCCUUCAAGGUACUUAUCAGCACUAGCACUUGGCGAUCCAUCUGUUGCGACAGUUGAAGCUGUAAGCCCACCUGUUUUCCCAGCUGGACCUCUCUUCCCUACUGAGGGAAGAAUUGUUCAAUUAUUUGAGAAGAAUACUUACUCCGUUGUCAACAUAUUUGAUGUCACAUUACGGCCUCAGCUCAAAAUGACUGGUGUGAUUGAGAUACCUGAAGGAAAUGGCUCUGGAGUAGUUUGGGAUGAACAGGGAUACAUUGUGACCAAUUAUCACGUUAUUGGCAAUGCUCUUUCAAGAAACCCAAGCCCUGGUGAUGUAGUUGGUCGUGUCAAUAUUCUUACAUCUGAUGGGGUACAGAAGAAUUUCGAAGGGAAACUUGUUGGUGCUGAUCGUGCUAAGGAUCUUGCUGUCUUGAAGGUAGAAGCACCUGAAGCACUCCUUAAACCGAUCAGAGUUGGACAAUCAAAUUCUCUAAAAGUUGGGCAGCAGUGUUUAGCAAUUGGGAACCCUUUUGGUUUUGACCACACCCUUACGGUCGGUGUCAUCAGCGGUCUUAACCGUGACAUUUUUAGCCAAACCGGUGUUACCAUUGGUGGUGGUAUUCAAACUGAUGCAGCUAUUAACCCAGGAAACAGUGGAGGUCCUCUGCUUGAUUCAAAAGGGAAUUUAAUUGGGAUCAACACAGCCAUAUACACACAAACAGGGACAUCUGCUGGUGUAGGAUUUGCAAUACCGUCAUCAACUGUAUUGAAGAUUGUUCCUCAACUAAUCCAAUUCAGCAAAGUUCUUCGAGCUGGUAUUAACAUAGAGUUAGCUCCAGAUCAAGUAGCUAAUCAACUCAAUGUUCGUAAUGGAGCUCUUGUACUACAGGUACCUGGAGAUAGUCUGGCUGCAAAAGCAGGAUUACGUCCAACAUCCCGAGGUUUUGCUGGUAAUAUAGUACUUGGAGAUAUCAUUGUUGCAGUUGAUGAUAAACCCGUGAAAAGCAAAGCUGAGUUGAUGAAGGUGUUGGAUGAGUAUAGUGUGGGUGAUAAGGUGAAACUUGCGAUCAAGAGAGGAAGUGAAGAUUUGGAGUUACAGAUCUCAUUGGAAGAGAAGAGUUCAUGACAAAAUUAAUCUCUCUGUUUUUCUGUGUUCCCAAUAUUUAAAUACAUAUAUGUAUGUCAAUAGAAGAAACAUGUUCCUUGUACUGUUGAAACGGUGUCUACAGAUGUGUACUUGAUUUAAAACAUGUUUAGGUUCAGCUAAAACUAGUCAACAUGGCUCAACUCUCCACUGUCUUGUCUCUUCAA